CAUGUCACUUAGAGGAAUUGAUCAACAGGAAGUAAACGCCACAUUCCACCUUUUACUAAGAACCGAGAAGCAGAAAAGAGAAAGAAGAAGAAUGGAUGAAAUCAAACGGAUUAAAAUAUCUUUACAUCUGCUACUGGUGCUGAUUCCGUUUACAGCGCUCGCUGACCAAUUUCCCUCCCUCAUCAUCAGAGCUGGAGCUGAAGUCACUUUGCCUUGUCACAAUGUGAGAGACGAUUAUGUGAACUGUGGAGCUACUGACUGGGUCUUCUAUGAUUCAGAGACAAAUGGAUCACCACACCUGUUUGUAAAAGGCCAGCUCAUUGCAUCUGUGAUUUCCAAAUCUAAAGCAAACCGACUACGUCUCGCUGCAAACUGUUCUCUGGUUAUUAGGGAGAUCACAGCUGAAGAUGCUGGUGAUUACAUCUGCAGACAGUUUGUCCUGACCGAUGAAAAUCAUGAGGUUUUUAUCUCUGUUGUCAACGUGACUGAGCAGGAGAGAACUGAUGAGGUGAUGUUGACCUGCUCUGUGUCGACAUUUAAAACAAGUGACCUCACAGUGAAGUGGCUGUUUAUGAAUAUGGAUGUCGAUGAGAACAACAAAGAACUGAAGACAUCACAGUCUCGCCUCUCGGCCACUGUGAGCUUCUCAAAAUCCCAUUCUGUUCACAAGAUGAAGAACUAUGGCUCAUUAACAUGUAAAGUGAUGGAUGGUUACACAGAGGAAACGUUUGCCUUCAUCCCUCCGUCAUCAGGAGGAAAGAACAAACCAGCUCCAGGAAACAACGAGAUGACAACAGACUGGUGGUGGUACAUUUGUCUGGUUGUGGGUUGUGUCACAAUUGUAAUAUUGGUUGGGAUUCUUAUCAAAUGGAGAGGAAACAAGAUCCAGGCUUGUGAUGAUGCAGUGGCCUACAGCACUGGGGAAGCUCCCUCCUCUUCUACUGGACCCUCAGCUGAUCCCAGCAGCCUCAAUGCCAACAUCACAUUCAUACAAUAGUAGAGUCACAUUGACGUCGAUCUAUUUAUAACAUGAAUCAUUUGAUACAACCUUCUGCUGUGAAAACAAAGUCACUCGUAAUAAUGUGAUUCUCAUUAGAUAGAAAAGAGUCCAAGGUGGGAAAGUUCCCAGAUGAAACUUUGAUUUAGUUUAAACCACUGCCCACAGUCUGUAACGUUCUCUAUAAAAAGUCACUUUUAUCGUGUGGACUGGAUUUAACCAGUUUUCAGCCAUUUUAAUGAUUCUUGAAGUUUGUCGUUCAAAACCAGGAAUAUUUUAUAUUGUAUCUUUAUGUUCUUCUGAUCCAGCUGUUAUUCUAAUACAUUACAAUGGUGACGUGUUAUCUGUAAGAAAAUGUUUACUUUC